AUGACAAUACUUAGAGCUUGCAUCAGCUGUAUCAACAAAGGAUGCGUCAGGUCAUCUCGGAUAGGAUUGAGGUACGCUACUUCGGUAGUUGACUCUAAAAUGCCAACGAGUGUUAAUGAAGCUAGAGCGUAUAUAUCAGGCAUUUAUGACAGAACUGAUAGUAUGCCUUCCUUUGAAAUUAUGCUCAAAGAUACGCCCCCUUCUAAAGACCCUUCAACGGAGAUAGAAGAACUGCCCGAAAAUGAUAAACCAGAGGCAGAUGAUAAGAAGGAAACUGAGAAUGGCGAACAGAACGAGGAAAAAAAGACACCUCAAGAGAUCAAUGAAAACAAUACCAAAGAAGGCGUUUCUUCUGGAAUAAAGGGUGGCGCCACUUCAUCAGCAUCAAAUGGAGGUGCCAGUGCGCCUCCGAGUGGCAACAACAAUGGCGAUGGCGAAUCUGGCGAUCUGCUGCCUGGUCUUGAUCCCGAGACAGGAUUAUAUCCACCUUUAUUAGCUAUUCCGAUGAAGGAUAGACCACCCCUACCAGGUAGACCCUUUGCAAUUAAUAUCACGGAUCCUGAAGUUAUUAGAUCAAUUUAUACAAUCAUCGAUAAAAGGGAGCCUUAUUUCGUUUUAUUUCACGUUAGGGAUCAGAGUGAAGCAGAUACUGACAUUGUGAAGAGUAAAAGCUCGGUUUAUGACAUAGGUGUACACUGUCAAAUAAUUAGACAUACGACACCGAGGCCUGGUGUUUUUAAUGUUUUGGGUUAUCCCUUGGAAAGGUGUAAAUUAGAGGAAUUGUCAACUCCUGGAGGCGAAAAGUUGUCUAAAGGUGAGAAAUUUACCAGCAGCUUUCCAACCUCUUAUUUGAAGAAUUUAAAGGUUUCAUGUGCAACAGUAAAACCAGUAAAAGAUGAGCCGUUUGACAAGUCAUCACCCAAUAUUAAAUCUUUGAUUGAGUCUUUGAAGGCUUUGUUGAGUAAAAUGGGUGGAAAGAACCCUCUCGAAAAGCUACAAAUAAAAGAAGGAACUGAACUUGUCAAUAACCCGUCGAAAUUUGCUGACUUUGUUGGUUCUACUAUUCAUGGAGAUCCGAAGAAGAUUCAAGAAAUUCUUGAAGCUCUAAAUGUUGAAAAGAGACUAUCAAAAGCUUUAGAGCUUUUGAAAGUAGAGCUUAAGGCAAGUCUCAUAAAAGAAAAUACGAUCCACAAUCUUAGUACGAAGGCUGAUGAAUACCAAACUCGUUUAUUUAUAAAGGAAUUUAUAAAAGAGCUACAAAAACGUGCGGGAAUUGUUGAUGCGGAGGAUAAAAAGACAUCAAAGUUUGACGAACGUCUCAAGCAUUUAAAGUUAACAGAGGAGGCAAUGGAAGCAUAUAAUGCAGAGAAAGCCAAAAUGGAGAGCCAGAAUGAACAUUCAAGUGAACUUGGUGUCAGUGAGAGGUAUCUCGAUUGGUUAACAUCGAUUCCUUGGGGAAUUUUCUCUAAAGAUCGCUUUGUAAUUAAGGAAGCCCGAAAAAUUUUGGACAGAGAUCACUAUGGACUUAAAGAUGUCAAGGAACGAAUCUUAGAAUUUAUUUCUAUGGGACGAGUUUCAGGUAAAGUAGAUGGUAAGAUAUUGUGUUUGAGUGGUCCCCCUGGAACAGGUAAGACUUCUAUAGCAAAAUCUAUCGCAGAAGCUUUAGAUCGUAGGUAUGUUAGGAUUGCAAUGGGCGGUAUUCAGGAUGUCCACGAAGUCAAAGGACACAGAAGAACUUACGUUGGCUCUAUUCCCGGCCGGAUCAUCUUUGCAUUGAAGCAAGCGAAGACGAGUAAUCCUUUAAUGUUGAUCGAUGAAAUAGACAAAUUAGACUUGAGUCGUGGAGGAGGAGCAGCAUCUGCGUUCUUGGAGAUCUUAGAUCCUGAGCAAAACAACUCUUUUGUCGACAAUUAUAUUGAUGUAAAGGUCGAUCUAUCAAAGGUAUUAUUUGUUUGUACCGCAAAUUAUUUGGGGAAUAUUCCGGCUCCAUUAAGAGACCGUAUGGAGAUUAUUGAUGUAUCGGGCUAUACGAAUAACGAGAAAAUUGAAAUAGCAAAAAGGCAUUUGAUCCCCGAAGCAGCAAAGAAGGCAGGACUUGAAGAAAAACAUGUAUCGAUUCCGAAUGAGACAAUAUCUAGACUUAUUGAAAAGUACUGCAGGGAAAGUGGAUUAAGAAAUGUGAAGAAGCUAAUAACUAGGAUUUUCAGCAAGGCUUCGUUAAAGAUUGUGGAACAGGUUGAAGGUACAGAGUACGACAAAGCAGAGCAAACGAAAAGUUCUCAAAAGCUAACAUCCAGCACGGAUGCAGUCGAGGGUAAUGAAGAAAGUAAUCGCUCUGUGAUGAAGGACGACGGCGAGAACCAGGCUGAAAAGUCGGAUACACAGUCUGACAUACAAGAAGGUAAGCAGUCCCACCGCAAAGACAUAGCAAUUGGAGAGAAAGAAGAUUCAAUAGAAGUCAAUAAAACUGAGCAGAAAGAAGAAGACGGUGCUGAAGAGCCAUUAAAGUUGAAAAUUCCAAGUGAUAUUAAAUUGGAAAUCAUUCCGGAAAUUUUGAAAGAUUAUGUUGGACCUGAAAUAUAUACCAGAGAUAGAGUUUAUGAUUAUCCGCCACCCGGUGUUGCUACUGGGCUUUCAUACAGUACCUCUGGUAAUGGAGAUGCCCUUUACAUAGAAUCAAUUUUGACCCACCCAAUUAGCUCAGGUUCUGGUCAUCCGAAUAUCCAUAUUACGGGAAGUUUGAAAGAUGUGAUGAAGGAAUCUGCUUCCAUAGCCUACUCGUUUUCUAAGCUGUAUUUGGCAAAACAGUUCCCAGAGAAUAGGUUUUUCGAAGCUGCUGACAUUCAUGUUCAUUGUCCGGAUGGUGCAAUUCCCAAGGAUGGACCAUCUGCCGGUAUAUCUUUCACUUCGUCUUUGAUUUCUUUGGCCAUCAAUGAAUCAUUACCUCCGACUGUAGCCAUGACUGGUGAAAUAACUGUUACUGGUAGAGUGUUACCUGUUGGUGGCUUGAGGGAAAAGAUUCUUGGUGCAAAGAGGUAUGGAUGUGAUACUAUCAUAUUCCCCAAGGAUAUAGAGAACGAGUUAGAAGAAAUUCCCCAAGAGGUAAAAGAGGGUGUGAAGUUUGUUCCGGUCGAGUGGUACCAGGAAGUUUUUGAUACAAUAUUUCCCAAUGCAGAUUCAAAGAAAUUCAACGAUGUGUGGAAAGAUGAAUUUGCAAAAUUAGAUCAAAAGAAAAAGGGAAAGAAAAAGUAA